GCGAAUGGCGUCACACCCAAAUAGGAAGUGCUGCUACUAUUCGAGUGGGCAAAACGUGAAAGUCAAGUCGAGACAAAACGCUGUUUAUCAUGUUGUUUUUAACUACUUUUAGGUUGUGUUUACAUGUUCUGCGUUAAGUAGCUUCUGUCCUUUUAGGUCCAGCUUUGUCGCGAUGUUUCAGGCUGCAGUUAAAACGUUUUCUGCCUCAUCUGGUGGAGGACUGACUUGUAUUCGACAUUAUUGUAAGAAAACUGCAAGAAAACUCCGAGUGUCUGAAGCCGUUUCAGGUGCUGGACUAGGAGCAAAUGUCAAAGUACAGGUAACCUUAGAGCUCUUUUAUAUUACAUGAAAUGCCACCCUGAUUUUAACAUCAUUUUCAUUAACAAACACUGAAUGACAAUGUUUGUAUUCUUAAGCAUUAGGGGAGAGUGGGGUGAGAGCCAUUUUUCAUAUUUCAGAUCACUACAUCAAGUCAAUAAUAGUUUUGCCUCUAACUCGUGUAUCUGCAGAUAUUUCAGGAUGUUGUUCAUCCCUGCAAAUAAACAGAAUGAGUGUAAACAUUUAACUGACUUGAUAAUAAAGCAUGACAAAAAAGUGGUUUCCCAUGGUCAACUUACCCCAGAACUACUAUGUUGACUUUACUAGUCCUCUAGACUAAAAUGGUGGACUUUUAUGUAAGGUUUUUGACCUCAUGUUGUAGCUCAUAGUAACUGUCUUUAAGUCUCUAAAUCUCACAGGAGAGAUGUGAUGUGAGAUAGUGAUGCUUCAAAUAUAUUACAGUUGCUUAAACUGCCCAACAGUGCAUGAAUUUGUUUAAAAUUAGCUCAACCUUAACAUCAGUAAAUGAUAACACACAUUACAGCAAUAUUAAUUCAAAGCUGUAACACUGACGUGGAUCAUUUCAAUGCAGAGUGAGAACUUCACCCAUGUGCUUCUAACCUUCACAGACUCCAUGAAUUGAUGUCCAUCUCCUAAAUAUUUGGUCACAUGAUCAAUUUCUUUGACCAUUUACAAGCAACAGGGGGUGGCUCAACUUGCCCCGCUCUCCCCUAUAGUCAAAAAAUUGUAUUUGUCAGGUUUUAUAACUUUGAAAAACACUCGUAUUUGUCUCUCUUCUGCAGGGGUGGGUUCGCUCAGUAAGACCUCAGAAGGCAAACCUCUUCCUCCAUGUCAAUGAUGGGAGUUCUUUACAGUCAUUGCAGAUUGUUGCCAGUUCAGAGCUGAAUAAUCCGUAAGUACCUCAGUGUUAUUCUCUGCAAAUAAUACUGAACCUUUCAUAUUUAAGAAGAGGCUCAAGACUCACCUUUUCAACCAGGCUUUUCACUAAUUGCUUUUUUAUAUUUUUCUGAAUCUGAAUUAGCUGUAUCCUGGCUGAAUAAUCUUCCAUGCCACUGUUUUUCUUUUUUAAAAAGGUCGCUCACCUUCGGCUCUGCUGUUGAAGUCACCGGUACCCUAAAGAAAAGUCCACACCAUAAACAGCCAGUUGAACUAGAAGCCGAGCAAAUCCGUGUAGUUGGAGAAUGUAACCCUGUAGUAAGGAGAAUCAGCUUUACAAACAUCUCACACACAUUUGACUGUUUUAACUUUAUAUUUUGCUUCGUCUCUGAUGAGAUUUUUAAGGAACGUGAGCUGUGAUUGUCCCUCUGUCUUCUCUUUGCAGGAUUUUCCUUUUAAAAUCAAAGAGAGACACAGCCUCGAGUAUCUUCGUCAGUUUCCUCAUCUCAGGUGUCGAACAAACGCCUUCAGCUCCUUGUUGAGAAUACGAAGUGAAGCUACAACAGCAAUUCAUUCAUACUUCAAGGUGAAAACAUCAGAGAUGGACUUUUAACAGAAAGCACAGAAAGUCUUUUUGUUCAUUACUGACUUUUGUAUUUUUUCUAGGAUAACGGCUUUUUACAGAUUCACACUCCGAUCAUCACCUCGAAUGACUGUGAAGGAGCAGGGGAGCUGUUUCAGGUGGAGGUCAGUACUGACAGAUUAGUGAACAGACCCUUUAAUAGUUCAAUGACUUUUGAGUUUCAGUAAAUCAAACAGUAGAUUGUUUUGGUGAUGUUAUGUCGAUCUUCCAGUCAACUUCUGAACCUCUGUUUUUCCCUCAGCCGUCAGGCCCAGACCACGAUGAAGAUGAGAACUUUUUCUCUGUCCCGGCCUUCCUGACCGUCUCUGGCCAGCUUCACUUGGAGGUGAUGUCAGGGUGAGACCAGCUUUAAGUGAUCUUCUAAAUCCUCCUGGUUUAUACUCUAAAACACAGAAAUACUGAAAUAAACCAAAGUGUCUUAUUAAACACGACUCUCAUACCUUCCAGAGCGUUUUCCAAAGUCUAUACAUUCGGGCCAACUUUUCGUGCGGAGAACUCCCAAAGCCGACGGCACCUGGCUGAGUUCUACAUGGUGGAGGCUGAGGUGUCCUUCACACAGUCCUUGGAGGAUCUCACCAAGGUUCCUGACGACAUUGGUUUUACUUAAUCAAAGUGAUAUAGUUGUUAAUUUCUGUGUGUGUUUCAUGCGUUUCCCUCCACCUCUCACUGUUCAAACAACGCACUGAUUUCUCACCUUUCUUAAAGCCAGCGGUCUUCAUUCAUGGGGACAUUUAUUGCGAAUAAGAUUUCAUGCCAGCUCUUCAAUACCAGAUUUAUCUCUCUGUAAUGUCUUCUCACUAUUUUGCGGCACAGAGAUCAUUUUCUCCCCCAGUGGCAUGAAAUGUUGUUUGAUAACCUUUGAUAGCGUGCUUUUAUUCCAGACUGGAUAUUUCUUUACACACAUCACAUCACAUACACGUCAGAAACAUCGUGGAUGAAGAUAACUAAUGUCACAUCACUUUGUGUUUCAUAAAGAUCAAAUAUAAACGGCGAACAGACUUUUAAAGUCAUCUGAGUUUUAAUGAUUAAACUGCGCCCACCUCGUAGGUCAUGGAGGACAUGUUCCGGUCCGCCACAGAGCAUGUGUUGGCUCACUGUGUGGAGGAUGUGGAUUUGUUUCACAAGCAUGUGACUCCUGGACACAGGGUGAGUCUUGGAGGACAGUUUUUUUAACCUGACUCAUUAUAACAAUUAGUCACAACUACACAACUACACCCUAGUCCAUGUUAAUCCUUAUUUACAUAUCCUUCUGUUGUCUCUUUACACUCUAAAGGAAAUUGUAGAUGCCAUGCUGAAGAGGAAAUUUCCUGUGUGAGUAUAAACAUCUUUUUUGUUUGUUUUAAAUAUAUUUUUAUUAAAAUUUUCCAGAAAAAGGUACACAGGGGCAAAAACAUUCAUUCAAUAGGACAUAAUUUUUGAGGCAGCACGUUUGUAGCUAUGAUACAAACCCUCUCGCAAGAAUGGUAGAAAUAUUUAAACCAACAUAUGACAAAAAGGGUUCCCAUGUUUUACGAAACACAUCAACUUUGCUGUGAAGUUUACAUGUCAGGUAGUCCAAUGCACUGUAACGUAUUUUUUAAGGCGCACCGGAUUAUAAAGCGCAUUAAGCCAUCAGGCUGUGCGGCUUUGUAGUUUACGGAAGACGUAAUAAAACAUUUUGACAGAUUUUUGAGCGCUGUGUACCACAUAAAAUUGGUUCGAGGACAGUAAGCACAACCAGAAUUCAUACAUAAGGCGCACUGAGGAUUUUUGAGAAAGUUGAAUGGGACUCCAUCCACAAUCCAGUUUAAGAGAAUACACUUUCUAGCACAGAACGCAGGUGUUUGAUGGAGUUUCCUUCUAUAUUUAUCAGUGAUGGACUCUUUUUGCAGACAUAAAGGAUUAUUAUCCAUAAACAUCUUUUAUAAAAUGACUUCUGUACAGACUCAGGUCAGACCUUGAAUAAAUGAUCUCGCUCUCUUUUCAGGAUAACCUACAGUGAAGCGAUUGACAUCCUGAAACGCAGCUCUGAGAAAUUCUCCUUUCCUACAGAUGUAAGUCGCUGUGGUUUUGUUUCCUCUUUUAAUGCAAAGAUUUGAUCUCAGCCUCCUCUUCUGUUUGCUUACUGCCAACUCUAUCAAUACCCGGAGCUCCACAUUGACUCGGCUCUUUUUUCUGCAGUGGGGUUGUGACCUUCAGACCGAACAUGAGAAGUACCUGGUGAAACAUUGUGGCAACAUUCCAGUCUUCGUCACUGAUUAUCCGUUUAAUCUGAAGCCUUUUUAUGCGAGAGACAACCAGGACCAUCCUGAGCAUACAGUAAGACUCGGUUAUACUUUUAAAAAUGCAGAGUGAAUCAAUGAUUUAGCCGCUCAGCUCCUUCCUUGAAAUGUCACCGGGGUUAUCGCAGAGAUUUGCAUAUUCGAGCUGACACCGGCUGUCGUUUGUGUGCAGGCAGCUGCAGUGGACCUUCUUGUGCCAGGAGUUGGAGAGCUCUGUGGGGGCUCGCUGAGAGAGGAGAGGCUGGAUCUGCUGAGGGUCCGGCUGGAAGAGUAAGAACACAUACUCUUCGGGGUGUUUGAAAGCUCUUACUCAACAUUUGAACCACAGUUUUUUUUGGGUCUCUCUGUGGUGUGGUUUGUUUUGUAUUUUCACGAAUGGAAAACAUGCAGAAUUCCAGCAGUGUUGUCUUGUCCAGCUGGUCCAUUGUUGCAGUAAAGAAGCUCAUUUUCAUCUGACACAUAAGGCAGCAAUGUGCAGAAAGGUUUGAGGCCAGCUGUAUUCAGAGUAUUAAACAGGAGUGUCCUGACUCACCUCACAUUAAAUAUUAAAAAAAACAUCAGAGAAAAUUGACGUCCUUCCAAAGAGUUUGUUUUUAGGGAUGUUUAUAAAAGAAGGCAAUAAUAAAAUCAGCAUUAAAGGUAUCCCUGCACCCUCCCUGUAGAGGACAGCGCUGUCCUAUAGAAAAAGGAGUUUCUGUUUGUGUGUGGAUUAAUGACAUGAACGUUUCAAUAGAGGAUUUAUGAUUAAAUUGAAGUUUAUGUUUCCACUGAAGGUUCUUACAUAAGCUCUGUUACUUUUCCAGGGCUGGAUUAGAAGAGACUUACAGCUGGUAAAUAACAUUUACAAUACAAAGAUGUUCUUUACAUUUUAAAAAACGCAGUUCUGAUUCUUUAUUUUUUAUUUACAGGUAUCUGGAUCUUCGACGGUUUGGCUCUGUCCCUCACGGUGGUUUUGGAUUGGGGUUUGAGCGUUAUUUACAGUGUGUCCUCGGUGUUGACAACAUUAAGGAUGUUAUUCCUUUUCCCAGGUCUUCCCAUUCUUGUCUUCUCUAACUUAAACUUCAAACUUUAUGGACAUUUGUUAAAUAUGAAGAUUGAUCAAAUAAACUCUGAAUUAACAUUUGA